AUGUGGCAUCGAGGAGUCUUAACACUGCUGUGCAAUUCAUGUCGAUACGUAAUACGUAAAUGGCACGUUCCUUUAUUAGGAGUUGAUUGUAAUGCUAAUCCUAGACAUAAACAAGUUUUAUCAAACCCAGCACCUAGAUCAAGAGGAAUUCCUAAAUAUUUGGAAAAAUAUAUUUUUUACAAACAAGCCGUAAGGAAUCCAGUAUAUAAGUCUCAAUUUAUUACCAUGUACACUGCUGGAAGAAAAUAUAGACAGCAAAUUAAAAAAACUGCAUAA